GGGUUGGGUCCAAGACACGUUAUUAAAGCGGCAGGCGAGAGAGAAAGAGGAGGUGACAGGGACCCGUGCGGGGCUUCCAGGCAUCCCGGGCGACAGGACGGGGCUGCGUGCGGGAUCGGGGACUAACCAUGUGCGGUAUCUUUGCUUAUUUGAACUACAAAGUACCUCGGACAAGGAAAGAGAUAUUUGAAACGCUGAUAAAAGGAUUGCAAAGGCUGGAAUACAGAGGGUAUGAUUCUGCAGGUAUUGCAAUUGAUGGGAAUAAUAAUAAAGAUAAAGAACGGUACAUCAAAUUGGUGAAAAAAAAAGGAAAAGUAAAGGCUCUUGAUGAGGAAUUGCAAAAGCAAGAAGGCUUGGAUUUAAAGGCAGAUUUUGACACACAUUUUGGCAUUGCUCACACUCGGUGGGCUACUCACGGAGAACCAAAUGCUGUCAACAGUCAUCCCCAACGAUCAGAUAGAAGUAAUGAAUUUGUUGUUAUCCAUAAUGGAAUCAUUACAAAUUACAAAGACCUUCGGAAGUUUUUGGAGACAAAAGGUUAUGAAUUUGAAUCUGAAACAGAUACUGAGACAAUUGCAAAAUUAAUCAAAUAUGUAUAUGAUAAUAAAGAAACUGAAGAUGUGAAUUUUUCUGUCUUGGUUGAGAGAGUCAUUCAACAGUUGGAAGGUGCAUUUGCGCUGGUAUUCAAAAGUAUCCAUUAUCCAGGGGAAGCUGUUGCUACCAGGAGGGGGAGUCCUCUGCUUAUUGGAGUUCGUAGUGAAUCUAAGCUCUCCACAGAACAAAUUCCCAUUUUAUAUCGAACAUGUAAUAUAGAAAAUGUAAAGAACAUAUGCAAAACUCAAAUGAAAAGACUGGACAGUUCAACCUGCCUUCAUGCUGUGGGUGAUAAAGCGGUUGAAUUUUUCUUUGCUUCGGAUGCAAGUGCCAUAAUUGAGCACACAAACAGAGUUAUUUUUCUGGAAGAUGAUGACAUUGCAGCAGCGGCUGAUGGAAAGCUUUCCAUUCAUCGGCUAAAACGUGCUGCUACCGAUGACCCAUCUCGAGCUAUUCAAACUUUGCAAAUGGAGCUGCAGCAGAUCAUGAAGGGAAAUUUCAGUGCUUUCAUGCAGAAGGAAAUAUUUGAACAACCAGAAUCUGUUUUCAAUACUAUGAGAGGACGAGUGAACUUUGAAACCAACAAAGUUAUUUUAGGUGGCUUGAAAGAUCACUUGAAAGAAAUCAAAAGAUGUCGUCGAUUAAUAAUUAUUGGAUGUGGAACCAGUUAUCAUGCUGCUGUGGCUACACGACAAGUAUUGGAAGAACUGACUGAGCUACCUGUCAUGGUGGAACUGGCUAGUGAUUUUCUGGAUCGGAAUACCCCUGUAUUUCGAGAUGAUGUGUGCUUUUUUAUCAGCCAGUCAGGAGAAACUGCUGAUACACUGAUGGCUUUACGGUAUUGUAAGAAUCGUCGAGCUUUGACCGUUGGCAUCACAAACACGGUGGGAAGUUCAAUAUCCAGAGAUACAGAUUGUGGUGUACAUAUCAAUGCAGGACCUGAAAUUGGCGUUGCAAGUACAAAAGCUUAUACCAGCCAGUUCAUUUCUCUCAUGCUGUUUGGUCUGAUGAUGUCAGAAGACAGGAUAUCCUUGCAAAAAAGAAGACAGGAGAUCAUAAGUAGUUUGAAGUCAUUACCUGAGAUGAUUAAAGAAGUACUGUCUUUGGAUGAGAAAAUACACGAUCUGGCGCUUGAACUAUAUAAACAACGAUCACUUUUGGUUAUGGGUCGUGGAUAUAAUUAUGCCACUUGCUUGGAAGGAGCACUGAAAAUCAAAGAGAUUACAUAUAUGCAUUCUGAAGGCAUCCUGGCUGGGGAACUGAAGCAUGGACCAUUGGCUCUUAUAGAUAAACAAAUGCCUGUUAUUAUGAUAAUUAUGAAGGAUCCCUGCUUUACCAAGUGCCAGAAUGCUUUACAACAGGUCACUGCCCGACAGGGCCGCCCUAUUAUUUUAUGUUCUAGAGAAGAUACGGAGAGCUCAAAAUUUGCUUACAAAACAAUUGAGUUGCCACAGACAGUUGAUUGCCUACAGGGAGUCUUGAGUGUGAUCCCUCUACAGCUGCUUUCGUUCCACCUGGCUGUUCUCAGAGGAUAUGAUGUGGAUUUCCCAAGAAAUUUGGCUAAAUCUGUGACUGUAGAAUAAGGAUUAUGUUAUAAAAUAUAGCAUGAUAAUUUCAUGAUGCUAAGUUAGGGUUUGUUUAACCUAACUUUGGCUGGUUUCAGUGAAUAAAUUCACCACGUAACAAAUCAUGGCUGUUUCUUUGCAGUUUGAAGCCAUGAUCGGAAAUUGAUUUUCAAAUCCUGAUUUAUUUUAAUCAACUUGUUAUGUCUAAACUUGGACUCUUGGUUUAUUUUUGAAUUUUGUCAGUGCAAUUUAAGAGUAGUUUUAAAAGAUACCAUUCAUCAGGAUAAAUGCUUUUCUUUUCCAAAUCCUUAAUUUUCCUGUUAACAUUCUUCUUUCCAAGGUGAGUUCUUUGUGUGUAAGUCAGAGACCAAGCAUCUCAUUUUCCUAAAAGCUCAAUAGCAAUUUCUCAGAAGGAAAACUAAUGAGGCUCAGUAAAAUAUCAUUAGGGAAAGCCUUAACACCUUAACCAAAAUCCCAAAAUCUUAUGUACUUUUUUUUUUUAAAAAAUGGAGCAAUCCAGAAGCAAAGCAUAUACAAUCCUUCUUUCCAGAAAGUUUGUCCACAAGAACACAGGCAAAACACACAUAUUAUUAAAGAGACCAAAAAAACAUGCAAACAACUUUAGAAAUAAAGGCACAACCAUCCAUAUAAAAUAUAUGUGUACAUCUGCCAUUGCUACAGGCAGCCCCAUCCUUUAUGUGAUAGCAUGCUUAGGAAAUGGUAGAGAAAGAAAUCACAGGACAACCCAUGAUUAUUUUUUGUCUGAGAUAUUGGGUUUUAAGCAAGUAUUCUAAUAAUUCUGACCCUUCACUUCAAACUGUAACUUUUUUUACUGUGAGUUUUUUGACAUGAGAGAAAUGAACCAAUAACCAGCAUAUUGUUAACUAGAAAAUAUUUGGAAAGAUGUCCUUAC